GCCUCCGUAAUUCGAAUACCAGGGCAGGUUCAGCCCGCCCUGCGCCGCGCUCCCGGCCCAGGGCGCUGCUCACGCUCCCACCCCGCCACCCACCCCCGCGGCCGCCAUGGGCAAGGACAAGCAGCCCCGCGGCCAGCAGAGGCAGGGGGGGCCGCCGGCCGCGGACACCGCCAGGCCCGACGACAUGGGGCCGAAGAAGGGCAAAGGGGCCCCCAAGGAGUGCGGGGAGGAGGAGGCCCGGACGUGCUGCGGCUGCCGGUUCCCACUGCUGCUAGCCCUGCUGCAGCUGGCYCUGGGCAUCGCCGUGACCGUGGUGGGCUUCCUCAUGGCGAGCAUCAGCUCCUCCCUGCUAGUCAGAGACACUCCAUUUUGGGCUGGGAUCAUUGUCUGCUUAGUGGCCUAUCUGGGCUUGUUUAUGCUUUGUGUCUCAUAUCAAGUCGACGAACGGACAUGUAUCCAGUUUUCUAUGAAACUGUUGUACUUUGUGCUGAGCGCCCUGGGCCUGACCGUCUGUGUGCUGGCCGUGGCAUUUGCUGCCCACCACUAUUCGCUGCUCGAACGGUUUACCUGUGAGACUGCACUUGACUCCUGCCAGUGCAAACUGCCCUCCUCGGAGCCGCUCAGCAGGACCUUUGUUUACCGGGAUGUGACUGACUGUACCAGCGUCACUGACACUUUCAAACUGUUCUUACUCGUCCAGAUGGUGCUGAACUUGGUCUGUGGCCUUGUGUGCUUGUUGGCCUGCUUUGUGAUGUGGAAACAUAGGUACCAGGUCUUUUAUGUGGGUGUCAGGAUGUGCUCUCUGACAACUUCAGAAGGCCAACAGCAAAAGGUCUAAUAGUCUUGCUCAGAGGUGGAAAGAAAACAGCACAUGGAGUAGCUGAGGUGGCAACAAAAUGUUUUUUUUUAGAAAGAAAGAAAAGUUUGACGAUAAAUACUAUUUGCCAUUCUAAAUGAAUGUUUUUAUAUUUUUCAGGAAAACAAAAGAGCAUUUCUUCAGGUUUCUAUUGCAUUUUUAAAAUUCAUUUGAGGAAAAACAAAUCCAGAUUGAGUUUUGAGAAUAUUAGAAUUUAAAAGAACACUGAACCGGGAAAGAAGGGCACAGAUCUUUUUUUGCAGUCUGGCGUUUAUUCCUGACACUCAUUUCAUCCCUGACUUACAAUACAACCUUCUUUCCUGUUAGUCCAGUUUUGGUGGUAUGAACUGGCACUUUGGGGCCACUUGCUAGAUUGUGUAGUAUCUUCUGGUCCUUGCCACCUUGAACCACAGUUCUCAUGGUAUCUUAGAGAAAGGCAGGGUAGAGGAAGAGCCAAAUGUCCAGGUUAAAUCUUUUUAUUUUCCCUGGUAGAGAUGUCUUCAAGCCAUGAAAGAGCUUUACAAAAUCAGAGUAGAAAAGGAAGAGACUUUGCAAAAGGCUAAAUAAUUAUAACCACCUGGGCUGGGGCGGCGGCCUUUUUAGUUCCCUGGGUUUGGCUGUGUGAGUAGAUCACUCUCCGAAUGCUUUGGAUGAUCAUCUGUUUCUCAAUAAUUGAAAGGUGGUGGUAGUUGUAUUCUUAAUGAUGUAGAAGUUUUAAAAAUAAUUACAUUAUGCUUCUAUUCUAUCAUCUAAAACAAAUCAUUAAAACUAAUUUCUAGCUAAUUGUUAAUUAUAAUUAUGCUCAGAAGUCUAUUUAAUGAGCUCUGGCUGUACUUAGGCAGCACUGUCAGUGUUAAGAGAAAUUACUCUCACAAGAGAAGACGCCUAAAGAUCUUUUUUUUUGGAAGCCAAUCAUUAUAAGAAAAGAAAAAAAAUAUUAAUAGAUUAAAAGCACUCACUUAAACAAAAACAAGAGCAUUUGUCAUAGAAAAUGUUCUACAAAUGGCACAUUUGUGAUAUGUUGAAAAGUAUCUCUCUUGGCAACUGAGUACCUUUGAGGAAGAUUGGGUACUGCAGAUGAGUUCUAUUCAUAAAACUGUAGUUGGUACAUAAUCCUAUUAUUGAUUUAUAUGCAUAGUGAACUUCAAGACUCAAUGUUUUGAAGUGCUUAUUUGAGAAAUAUGUCCAAUGAUUUUUUUGUUUUGUUUUGUUUUGUUUUUGAGGCAAGGUCUCACUAUUUUGCCCAGGCUGGACUUGAACUCCUGUGCUCAAGUGAUAGCCCAUUUCCACCUCCAGAAUAGCGAGUGUUAUAGGCAUUUUCCACUGUAACCAGUUGUGUUUUGCUUUGUUUUUGACUUACUAUGAUUAAAAACAAGUAGCCUAUGAUAGGGGACUUUGCUCUGUUUUUCCUAUUAUUAUUAUYAUCAUCAUCAUCAUCACUAUUAUUAACUUCUGAAUGAUAUAAUUGUUUCAAAAAGGAGUUCAAAAUGGAAAUUCAUGCAGCAUAAAUGCUAUCAAGAACUUUCUCUAUUAGUACACUCUGUUGAAAGAGAAGUUCAAGGUAAUGAUUGAGCUCAAUAUGCCUCUCUGCAUUGCUUAUUGAUAUACUUUAAUAAUCACAAAAUUCAACCCCAAAAUCAAAUAGAUUCUUUGAGGAUAGAUGAAUAAUUUCAUUGCUUAUGAUAAUCGUGUCAAUAUCUGCAUAACAUAAAUAUCCAAAUAAAAAAGUCACAGAGGAUUGUAAAUAUAUUUUUAUAUUCUCUAGAUAAAUCACUUGAUUAACAGAUGUUAAAACCUUUUUAUGUUUUGAMCUGAUUUACAAAUGGCCUUCCUACCCAGUAGGUCAGGCCAAGGAGGAACAUUGGAGAGCUUAGUGGCCAAGAGUCUGGAGCAGGAUUGACUAUAUUCAAAAAUUUCACUGACAGAAUACCAAGCCUCUGAGGAUAACAUGAAAAGUCCUUUGUGCCCUGUUAAGAAAAAUCUCAAUAACUUAAUCCAUUUUGGUUUUUGAUAAUGUUUACUGCAUGAAGAAGAAAAUGACAGAGAAUCUAGAAUGUCCCAGGUCGCCCUUAAAAGAGUAAGAAAGGACUGAGUUCGUGCUAGUUACCAUGAAUCAGGCACCCCUGGAAGCACAUCCUGAAUACCUUUAGCAACUUUUUAUAGCAAACACUACAGGUUUUUAUAUUAGGAAAUUGAGGUUCUACACAUCAAUUAAGGUGCUCUAUGAUUUCAAAUGAUUCACAGGGUAUUC